AUGAAUGAUCAACAUCCAGAAAUCUGCAACGACGGUGUUUUUCCAUGUGAAUCGAAGGAGUAUUCUGCCGACAAUCGCGAUUCCGACGCUGUGGAAGAAAUAGUGGAAGAAAGUGAGGAUACUGUGACAAGUGGAAGCCAAGAAGUUUCUCCCAUCAGUGGACCAACACUUCCAAUUUUGCAGAAGAUUAUUGAUUUGAGUAACAAAAUCAAGGUCUUGAAGGAUGAACAUGCGUUGGUAUCAAACCAAGUAAAAGAAAUCAAGAACUGUUCCUUCGUAGAACCGGAAAUGUCAAAGGCUCUCCAGCUCCUAACUACUGAGCUUGGAAACCUGAAAAAGCAGUACUUGGAAGAGUCAUCAGAGAGGAAGCGGUUGUAUAAUGAAGUUAUCGAACUCAAGGGAAAUAUCAGGGUCUUUUGCAGAUGCAGGCCUCUGAACCAGGCUGACAUAGCAAAUGGCUGCGCUUCUGUACUUGAGUUUGAUCCAUCUCAUGAAAACGAGCUCCAGAUACUUUCAAUCGAUUCCUCCAAGAAGCAUUUUAAGUUUGAUCAUGUAUUUAAGCCUGACGAUGGCCAAGAGACUGUUUUUGCGCAGACGAAACCUAUAGUUACUUCUGUGCUGGAUGGUUACAACGUCUGCAUAUUUGCCUAUGGCCAAACUGGAACUGGAAAGACAUUUACCAUGGAGGGAACACCAGAGAACAGAGGAGUCAACUACAGGACACUAGAAGAAUUGUUUCGCUCUUCAGAAAGCAGAAGUCGUCUCAUGAAGUUUGAGCUAUCUGUUAGCAUGUUGGAGGUUUACAAUGAGAAGAUAAGAGACCUCCUGGUUGAUAACUCAACCCAUCCUCCUAAAAAGUUGGAAGUUAAGCAAUCAGCAGAAGGAACACAAGAAGUCCCUGGAUUAGUCGAAGCUCAAAUGAAGUGUGGGAUCUUCUCAAGAGAGGAUAUGGUGUUAGAUCUGUGGGAUCAACAGCUGCAAACGAGCAAAGCAGCCGCUCUCAUUGUGAAGGGAGAGAACUUGAUCAAUGGCCAGAGAACCAGAAGCCAUCUUUGGCUGGUGGACUUGGCUGGUAGUGAGCGAGUAGGAAAGGUAGAAGUAGAAGGAGAAAGGCUGAAAGAAUCUCAAUUUAUCAAUAAGUCGCUUUCGGCACUCGGUGAUGUUAUCUCUGCCCUUGCAUCCAAAACAAGCCACAUUCCUUACAGGUGGAGAUUGCAAGACAUUGAUAUUAGCCCGAGUUCCACUGAUCAAGGAGAGACGCUUUGUUCCUUAAACUUUGCAAGCAGAGUCCGCGGAAUUGAAAGUGGACCUGCCCGAAAACAGGCGGAUGUGUCUGAACUGCUCAAGUUAAAACAAAUGGCUGAGAAGCUGAAACAGGAGGAAAAGGAAACGAAGAAGCUGCAGGACACUGUGCAGUCACUACAGCUACGCCUCACUGCUAGAGAACACUUAUUCAAAGGACUUCAAGAUAAGGUACGUGACCUGGAAUUUCAACUAGCAGAAGAAAGGAAAACCAGAAUGAAGCAGGAGUCACGAGCUCUAGCGACUGCAUCGUCAUCGUCAACAUCUAGACAGCUGAGAGAGACACUACCGGUAAUCACAGAGAACAAGCCACCUUUGGCUCCCACAAGAUCAAUGCGAAUGCCACUCCGAAGAAUCACAAACUUCAUGCCCCAACAACCAUCUCAGGCUCCUUCCAAGAGAUUCUCAGACGCAACAUGCAAAGAGAAUAAUAACAAUAACAGAAGAUCAUCAUCCAUGGACGUGAAUACACUAAUGAAGCCAAGAAGAAGCUCGGUCGCUUUCAGACCAGCUCCUCCUCCAUCAUCCAUGGACGUGAAUACACUAAUGAAACCAAGAAGAAGCUCCAUCGCAUUCAGACCAGCUCCUCCUCCAUUAGCCAUUGCAUCAGGUAAUAAGAAAACCCUGCAGCCGAGAAGGAGAGUCUCUAUUGCAACGUUGAGACCAGAACCAUCAGCAUCAUCCUCUUACAUGAACAUGACCACUCCAUCACGCCCUUCUUUUUCUUCCUUCCGUGGUGGUAACCCGAGAAAGGCGAGAUACUCAAAGCUCUUCUCUCCAGACCGCAAUCUGGUGACUCCAAAUGCAACGAAAAGCAGCAGAUUCAUGAAGAGCCCUCUUGGAGGCAGCUCGUGGAAGCCGAGCCAUCCCACGGUGGUUGCAUUGCAGAAGAAGACUGUGGUGUGGAGUCCGCUUAAGUUCAAGAACAGAAGGCCAUCCUUCGUAGCGAUGAGAGGUUCUUCUUCUUCUUCUUCUUCUUCUGCCACCGAAUUGCUCCCGAGGGAACAAUAG